AUGAUGAUUGAGGAACAACUUCGUAACAUAUUUCGUGACAUUGAACACUUAUACGGAUAUGAAGCAGUUGAGGACUUCAAAGAAUAUGAAAUCGCGUUAAAGCAAAUCAUAAAAGAAUUGUUUACAUUAUUGAAUUUGAAUCAAAUAUCAUCAAAAUUAACUAUAACAACUAAUAUUGAAAGUAUUGGAACUUUAACAGUAUGGUGUCAUAGCGAUCAUAGUGAAAAUAAUGAAAUCAUAUCUUUUAAAAACGUAAUUCAGCUUUUGGAAAUACUGUUCAUCAACAAUUCUAAAUUGCAUCAAAUAUAUCAUAACUUGGUUGACACACCCAUGGAACAUUAUAAACAAACAGCUCAGAAAUUAUUGGAUAUAGUCGAAAAUUUAUUAGAAUUACAAGACAAUGUCGAAAUACAAUUCAUUGAUUAUUUAAGCAAAUGUCUUUUAUAUGAUUUAAAUUACUACAAAAGUAAUGAGAUGGAAAUUCCAAAACACAUUGAUGUACUUGUUAAUAAAAUCAAUCCACACUUAAUGUUUGAUACCACCGAAACAUUCCCAUACAGCAGAACAGAAAUAUACCAUCCUUUGUCUUUCAACUCAAGCAGCGAUGUACUCACUUUCAUAUAUAAGACUAUAUCUAACGUUUUAAUAGUACAGCAAGAUGUAUCAAUUCAUAAACUAGCCAGAAUUAUUAUAAACCUAUUUAGAUCUUGUCAAGACGUAUCAAUCUAUGACAUUGAAAGAAUAGACGUCAAUAUAACUCAAUUAUUCCCCAAGUUUUUCAAAAAAGUAAAUCUGAAAUACCUCAGUGAGUCCAAAGGAAACAUGAUUCUUCCUCAAUUAUCACAAGUAAUGAAUGAGCUAAUUGCUUCCAAGUUUGAUGUCAAUCCAAAUUUUAUUCGUAUCUACAAAACUUUUUUAAGAUUUCAAAAAUUGUACCCAACUUUGAAUAGUAAGGAGGAUUAUGAAUUUGUAAAACAAGUUGAGAAUUCAAUCACAAAUAUAUUAGAAUUAGAAGCAGGUGAUACUUUUCAAUCAGCAAUAGAACUAUUUCUUAAUUUACAAUCAUCAUUCAAUUCUACUUCAGCCACCUUAUUGAUGAAAUUAAGUUGUUUGGAGUUUGCAAAAAUCCAAUCUGUCAAAAAAAACACACUUGAGCUUUGGGUUCACAAAUUUGAAGCUGUCAAGAACUUGGAUCAAACUAAUCAAGUAAUUUGUAAGACACGUCAAAUAUUUAAAGUGUGGUUGAAUGAUUCAAAGUUAUACGACGAUUUAUUAAAGCUUGCAAUUAUGGAAGAUAAAAAUAGAAUAAAAUCUUUGGUGUUUAAAAAAUUCAAACUGACAGUCGAGAAGAGAGCGGAAUUGGCUAGUUUGGCUGUUCUGCAUGAUCAGAUCAAAUAUAUUAAUAUUAUGCGAAAUCGCUGUCUUAGUUUAAUAAAAAGAUAUGAAAAUACCCAAAAUCAUGAAAAUACAAAUUUGGCUCGAAAUAUUAUUAAAACUUGGAAUAAGAAAACCAAAUUGGUAACAUCAAAAACAGAGUUUAUUGAAAAUAAGUUGCUUGAUUUCAUAACCAAACAGAAAUCACGAACAUUACGUCGGUAUUACAAUUUGUGGGAAGAUCGAGUAGGAAAUGCAAAUAUAUUUGGCUUGAAUGAGAGUUUAAACCAAUGUUUACAGGCUAGAAAGUUUGGGAUUAUUCAACGGUAUUUUGAAAGAUGGCUUUUUAUUCACAAUAUCAAUAAAGAAUGUAAACUUUUUGCAGCCAAAAGAGAUGAAAGACUCAGAUCCAACAUUUUUGAAGCAUGGAAAAACGGAAUAAACUCAGAAAGGAAGGCGAACAAUUUUUUGAGAAUUAAACUGAUUGAGCAAAUUCGUACAAUAUUAAUACAAUGGAAUAAAAAAACGAAGAGUAUAUUGAAAGCUGAUGAGUUUUACCAAUCAAACUUGAUAAAAGGUUGCUUGCAGCACUGGAGUUUGAAUCAUAAAUUCAAUUUUUCUAUGAUGAAAAUAGAGCAUAAUUUGAAGAGCGUAUAUUUUAGAUUGCUCAUUAACAAUUUUAAAGCAAAUAGAUUGGUUAGUUCCAAAAAUAGAGCUAUUACAAAUGUGAUUUUGCUGACUUUAAUAAAAAAGAAUGAUGAAGUGAUUGGGAAUGAAGCGAAAGCUAACAAUGCUUUAAAUAAAAACUUAAAGGCACGAUACUUAAGGAAUAUGCUUCGACUAUACGAAAAUCAUAGACUACUCCAUAUUGAAGCGGAAAAAUUUUAUCUUCACAAGUAUAUUACUGGUUGGCAUCAAAGUAUGCUAAGAUGGAACAUCAAGGUGGAAGGCUUAUUAUUUUCUGACAAGAUGUUGAUAAGAUUUGCUUUGGCUAAAUGGAAGCAGAAACAUGAAGCGGUCAAAGAGCAUGAGAAUGAGCAAAUUUUAUUAGAGUUCCGGAUUCAGGCUGACUUUAGGUUGAUAGCAAGAAUUCUAAUGAUGUGGAAUGAAAAAUCUUUAGAGAAGCAAGCUAUUGUGGAUGAGCUAAAUGAUAGACUAAAUUUAUUCACACCCAAUGCUUCACUAUAUUUUAGACACUGGUUGGAGAAGUCGAAACACGUUUUAGCAUUGGAAGAUAAUGUGGAUAAAAUUUCAAACAAGUUAGUGAAAAGAUUAUUUAAUCAUUGGCAAAGCAAGCUUGAAUUGGUAGAUGAAUUGAAUGAUCACGCUGACGAUUAUUUUACUGAAAGAAGCUUUAUUCUUCUCAAGUCUAAAGUUCAAAGUUGGAUUUUUCAAUUUAAUAAAAAUAUUAAACGUCAUUAUCAAUUAUGUGAAAGUUUUCAAGAUAGAAGAAGUCAUAGAUUAAAAAGAAAUGUUUUUCAUCUAUGGUCCAGAAAGUGUGAUGAUCAACAACUAGAGGAGGAAGAACUUUUAGCUAACUCAACGUAUGUUAGCAACUCGUCACCACUUGCAAAAAGAACUUAUCAACAACAACGACAAAAAUAUAUCCUUCCGCCUACUCCGAAUAAACCACCAUCACCUAGAAAGGUCUCAACUCCAAGAUCAAGUGGUACCAGCCCUGUGAAACUACAUGAAACAUCAUUGAGAGUUAGGGACCAGCAAAUCAAUAAUUUAAGAGAAAGAUUUAGUAGAGCAAGAGGAUCUUCCACUCCAAAGAAAGAAGACAGUGUUAUUCCAAUGAAACUUGAAUACAGUGUAUCAUUAUCCCCACCAAAAUAUAGAAGUCCAACUCAAAUAAGUCCUGCUAGUAAUCUGUCAUUUGAUGAUCCGGAAUUGUCAUUAUUGUCAACAGCUAAGAGAAUGGGAAGGAUUAAACCAAUAAAGUUCCCAACUAAUGAAGAGAACGAAGUCAAAUUUUCACCAGCAAGUAAGUUGAGAAUUACUUAA